UCAAAUCCCAAAUGGAAACAUCAUAUGCAUUCAACCUACUUUACCAUUCAUGAUACCCUUCCCCCUUCCUCCUCUUCCAACUGUCCUCCAACUCUGCCUCCAUAAAUGCUUUUCGUGCACCAUUACUACCACCACAAUCAUUUAAAUAUUCCCUCAUUCAGACACUCCUCUAUCCUCAUCACAAUUCACACGCUCUCAAGAAACCCACAAAAAUGAACCCUAAAACCAGUUUCUUUCUCUUUGCCUUCUUGCUGAUUGCAGCUUCACUUUCCUUUGCAAUCCGACCUGACUUCACUGCCCAGAUCGAGCAAUCACCCAAAGGCAGCAAACCCAGUAACCAAAAGAACAAAGGUGGUGGAAAUGGAGGUGGGUUUGGCGGGUUCUUUGGACCCGGAUCCGGGUUUAGCAUACCUGGGUUUGGAAGUGGAAGUGGUAUUAUAGGCGGCGGGUAUGGAGGCGGGUUCGGAGGUCCGAGUGGAGGUUCCUCUGGAAGUGGUGUUAUAAGGCCUAGUAUUGUUUGUAGGGAGAAGGGUCCGUGUUACAAGAAGAAGCUGAUCUGUCCGGCUAAGUGUUUCACCUCCUAUAGCAGGUCAGGGAAAGGGUACGGAGGCGGUGGUGGAGGCGGUGGUUGCACCGUUGACUGCAAGAAGAGAUGCACUGCUUAUUGUUAGACAGAGAAUAGUGGGAGUUUGAGUAACCAGUAGCCGGUGAUAGUUUCUAGCACUAUUCAUGAUUAGUAACCUUAUAAUAUUAUCUUAUAUUACAUAUAAAAAAUGGUGUCAAGUCCAGGAGUUUUUAGACUCUGGAGCUUUUUAUAUUUUGUGAUGACUAUAUAUGCGUGUAUAAAUACAGAUUUUUCUUUAUCACUC